AAAAAAAAAAAAUGUUGUUUUGGACAAAACUUUUAACAAUAGCUCAUGCAGUGACAACAAGUAUUCAUCCGUUUUUACCACUGUACUUUGCACACAUGCUAAAGUUUGAUAUAUUAACCAUCUCAAUAUUAAUCUCCUGUACCUUAAUACUAAGAGUGCCAGCAUCAGCCUUUUGGAUUGACCUUGUAGAUCAUAAACCACCACUUCACGGUGUAUUUACCGGUCUUUUGACUGCAAUUGGGACAGCUGGUAUCCUCCUGAUACUAUCUGUACCACCCUCUUGGACUUCAAUGACAUUACCCGUCGCCAUCCUAUCCACUAUCUUGGACGGCUUAUUCUAUCAACCUCUAAUUGUUCUCAUCGACAGUGCCAUCAUCAAAAUAUUAGGAGACUACAAAAUAUUGUAUGCAAAAGAAAGGCAGUAUGGGAAAUUGGCUUCGGCUAUCAUGUCAAUCGGUAUUGGCUGGAAUUUAGACGAUGAUCAUGAUUUCGAUACGCUCAUGGUAACAACUUUAAUUGGAUCCGUCAUCUUGUUCUUACUAUCACUCUCCACCAAUGUUCAAGCAGCAGAUCCAAGCCUACUCGAUAUCAUCCAAUGUCACGAAGAAAUGGAUGAGACAUCACCCUUGACAAAAUACAGUGGCUUACACCAAACUGAAACGACCUCAUGUUACAAACCUUAUAGUCUCUUUGGUGAGCAAUUAUCUCAUAUCUCUGAGGAAGAUGCAAGUAUGCUGCGACGUAUGAUAACAACAAACUCUACUUCUAUCCGACCAUUACCUGCAAGCAUUCAUUCUUCUCCGUACACACCUCCAAUCUCCAGAAAUAAUAACAUACCCAUUCAUUUCAUCAAUGAUAAUUUACCUCCAUCUUUUGAACUGGCUCGGCUGCCUUAUCCGCCUCCUGUUUCACCUAGUGUCGUUUUAAUCACUUUUAUUCCCGGCUACUAUCAAAAACAUCAACAUUAUAGACCAUUACCUUCAAAUUUGCCCCAUGAAGAAGAAUAUUAUUAUUUACAUUGUUAUCAACAACAAUCCAAAUGGAUACUAAAAUCAUUCAUGAGUUCCAUCUUUUGUCUAGGCUUGGUUCAUGGUAUGACCCAAUCCUUAUUGUACAUCUAUCUUCACGACGCCUUGGAACUUCCUAUGCAUCUAAUAGGUAUUGUGGGUCUAAUUAUUAUUACUGCAGAUCUCUUGGCAAGUAAAUUAGUGAUUUGGAUUAUCCACCGCUUUCAGCUGUAUGUCAUUAUUGCUUGUGCACAUGUUGUUUUGGUUUUAUGCGCAUUGUGUUACACCUGGCUUCAACCACGUCUCUUAUCCACUGAAUUGUUUGUUAUUAUUUUACAAUGUUUACAAGGUCUGUCCCUUCAUUCGAUUUGGUUAUUGGCAGCACAUCAAGUGGACUCUGUGGUUUUGACAGGUCAUAAACGGAUGAUGUUAAAAGGUGGGAUGGCUGCUUUGUACAGUAGUCUGGGUCCGGCUGUAGGCGUAUUAAUUAUGGGCUAUUUAGUAAGUCAACAUGGAAUCGAAGGUUAUACAUUAGUGUAUCAAUAUGCGGCUGGAUUUACCGUUCUAAGUGCCAUCUUGUCUUGGGAGUGGUCAACUACAGACUAAUUACUUUCUUUCUUUCUCUCACUAUUUGUACAUAUUUAUUUUACUCGACCUAUUUUUUUUUUUUUAAAAAAAAAAAA